CGAUCAUCUCUGUUGAAAGAUUGAAUGUGUGGUUCACAGAACUGCCUCACUCUUCUAACCAAACAAAUCUUCACUCCUUCAAAUCCCUAAAUUCCUCACUUCCUCCUUCGAUUCAACCACCACCACCUCCUCCAUGGCCUCUCUCCGCCCAUUUCUUUCCAUUUCCCCUUUCUCCCGCGCACCUAAGCGCACGCACUUCGCGAAUGUCCUUAACGCUCCAUCGCCUUCCGCUUCCUCUUUGCCGUUCAAAUUAGUCGCCGCCAGAAAGAGAUUCGUGGUUCGCGGCGACGCCGUUGUAGACGCCGGAACUGCAGCUUCAAUCGGCGAUCUGAAGGACGAUGAUAAUCAGGCGGUCAUUUUGGGUCCGACGACCGAUGAGGAGCUUAGCGGUGGAUCUACGGUGGAGUACGACUGGACUGAAGAGUGGUACCCGCUGUACCUUACGCGAGAUGUGCCGGAGGAUGCUCCUUUAGGGCUCACUGUGUUCGAUAAGCAGUUGGUUCUGUACCGCGAUGGAUCCGGCGAGCUCCGAUGUCACGAAGACAGGUGCCCCCAUAGGCUAGCAAAGCUCUCUGAAGGCCAAUUAAUCGAUGGCAAACUGGAAUGUCUUUACCAUGGCUGGCAAUUUGAAGGCGAGGGGAAAUGUGUGAAGAUUCCUCAGCUUCCUUCAGAUGCCAAGAUUCCUAGAUCAGCAUGUCUAAGAACAUACGAGGUAAGGGACUCACAGGGAGUUGUAUGGGUGUGGAUGUCUUUGGAAAAGCCUCCAACCCUCAAAAAGAUACCAUGGUUCGACAACUUCGAGCGGCCCGGGUUCCGAGACAAUUCGACCAUUCACGAGCUUCCUUAUGAUCACUCCAUACUUCUUGAGAACCUUAUGGAUCCUGCACAUGUACCUAUCUCCCAUGAUAGAACAGAUUUUAGUGCCAGAAGGGAAGAUGCUCAGCCAUUAGGAUUCGAAGUUACCGAGCGUACGAACCGUGGUUUCGCUGGUCGAUGGGGCCGUUCUAAAGAACAAGCAUUGUCAAACUUCUUAAGGUUUGAAGCUCCUUGUGUCCUUCAGAAUAACAAGGAAAUUCCCAAUGAAAAAGGUGCUGUGGAUUACUUUACGGGACUUUUCCUCUGUAGGCCUACAGGCCAGGGGAAGUCCAUGCUUAUAGUGAGAUUUGGUAGCACAAGAUCUUCCUUUCUGUGGAAAUUUCUGCCUUCAUGGUUUCUCCACCAAAAUGCCUGCAAGGUUUUUGAGCAAGAUAUGGGAUUUCUUUCAUCCCAAAAUGAGGUUCUAAUUAGAGAAAAAGUGCCCACCAAAGAGCUCUACCUCAACUUACGAUCUUCCGAUACUUGGGUUCUCGAGUAUCGACGCUGGAUGGACAAGGUCGGGCACGGGAUGCCGUAUUACUUCGGACAUGCUACAAUUUCGUUGCCUAAACUGCCUGCUGUUGUUGAACACGCCCCGGUAGGACUAGUUGCUGGAGCUUCAGCAUCUGCUCCGGCUAAGGGGGGGAUCGGCACGAUGCAUUCUCCGAACUUGUCGAACCGAUACUUUCGACAUAUCAUUCAUUGCAGGAGUUGUAGCAAUGUCAUCAAAUCUUUUCAAACUUGGAACAAGGCUCUUUCUGCCAUUGCCGUCACUUUGGUUGCGUUAGCCAUUUUGGUGAGUGGAAGGCAAUGGAAGGCGCUCAUUCUGUUGUCUGCAGCAUUGUGCUAUGGUGGAGCUUAUGCAUGCUCGGCUAUUGUGGCACUAAAUACCACUAAUUUUAUAAGAACUCACAGAAGGUUGUAACUUAUUGUUUACAGAUUUCAAAAUAGUAUUUGAUAUUACAUACAUAGGGAGAUUAAGUACUGAACAGAGUGAUUAAACCUCAUGGUUUUCAUUUUCUUAGGUGCGGUUUUGUUGAAGAUUAAAUAUCUAUGUUUAGUGUUUGUGA